UGGGCAUAUGUGCCAAUGACAACAACUUUAUGGUUUUUAUUAGCCUAAGUAUUUUGACCUUCGCUGCUGCGGCUUUACAUGAAGAGCAAAGUUGAAAGUUUGUGUUUGUGGGCGGUACUACGACUGACUAGCUUAGCAGCUCUGUUAGCAGGAAGACGGAGCGGCGGAGAGCUCUCAUCGUCCUGCCGUAGAAUGGACGCUUUCUUCGGCUGUGAUCUGAGCGUCAGAACGCUGGCAGAGUUCGAGGGAAAAUUUGGAAGAAUUCGCUGCAUUCCCAGCCUCUAGAUUAGGGGUGAUUUUAGUCAAAAUGUGGCGAUUUGGAAGGCCAUCAGGAACGGACGUGUUAAGAUGGAGAUGCCGAGGGUCAUCAAAAGAUGUCUGCUGCAAACUUCACUCCAGGGCUCUUGAGACAGCCCGAUCAGAUGGCAUCUGUGGUAGUGUAAAACAACGUCACUUGCCAUUCCCAAUCAAGAAAACAAGCUCUUAUAGAAAUUCAUGGAGAGAACUGAGAACAUCUAUGUGCUAUUCCAUCUCUGGAUUCAACUCCAGGUACUUUUGUACUUCUGAGCCUGUCACCGAUCCCGUUGAGAUUCACAAACAGAAGUUGUCGUUAUGGUUCAGUCACCUUCCUCAAGAGGAGAGGCAAUUCGGUGGCUACUUUUCUCCCGAAACUAUGCAUGUGGAGCCACUUAUCCUAGAACGUCAUCCUGAUGAGGAUAGAGGCCUUAGUCCCUUCAAGGCAAAGGAAAGGGUAUCUCCACGUCCUUCUCUCACAGUUGAGCAGCUCUUUGAUGAUAAUAAUAAUGGAAACAAGGCACGAGGACUAAAUGUUUUGUUAUAUGGCGCUGUCGGCACAGGGAAAAGUACUGUCGUCCGUAAACUGGUGCUGGAUUGGUGUGCUGGAUCUAUUUUCUCCCAGUUCAAACUUGUGUUGCCCUUCUCCUGUGAGGAUCUUGCCAAUUUAUCCAAACCAACAUCCCUUCGAAACCUUGUAGGCAGGAAAUACAUGCAUCUUCUCAAGACACCUUAUCUUAGUGGAGACAAUGACAAGGCUAAGGAUGUCCUCUUCGUCUUCAAUGGAAUGGAGAAAAUGAAGCUGGAUUUUCGUAUCGGCUCCUCGGAGUUAUGCAGUGAUCCCAAUGAGGCUCUCCCAUCAGGGGCUGUUGUUGUGAAUCUGCUUAGGAAGUACAUGCUACCUGAGGCCAGCAUUUUGGUUACAACCAGACUAUCUGCCGUGGACAACGUUCCUAGAAAAUACAUAAAACGUUAUGUACAGAUCUGUGGCUUCAAUGAUCCUGAUCGCCAGAGAGCCUACUUCACCAGUAGACUCUUGCAACAGAAUGAAGAAAAGCCGUACAAGGCUGCCGAGAUGCUCAUAGAGAUGCUUUACCUAAAUCUACAGCGGGAAACUCAGUUAGCUACCGCCUGCUUCUUACCAUCUUAUUGCUGGCUCACAUGCGCCACUCUUCACUUAUUGCAUUUUACUGAUACGAAGGCACCAAUUCGAACCCUCACUGGCACCUACACCAGUUUCAUGAGGCUUAACUUCGGAGGAGAAGUGAUAAGUUUGGACGGAGACGUCUCUUCACGAGAGCAACCGAACUCAUUAAUGCUCUAUGUGGUCCGCACUGUCGGUAAACUAGCUUUUGAUGGCAUCACCAACAAACGGAUAUCGUUCUCCGAUGACGAACUGGAGCAGUGGGUCGGCGGCAAGACUAAAACGGACGAGGAGCUCCAGCAACUGGCGGUGUUUCGCACAGACGUGCUUGAUUUCUUUCUGGUGCCUCGUGAUGAUCAUGGUGCAGAUCCCGAAACUGGUGGUAGACGCUACGUGUUUGCUGUUCCCGCCAUGCAGGAAUAUCUAGCUGCACUUUAUGUCGUUCUUGGCGAGAACAAAAGCGUCCUGGAGAAGUUGACUUGGGAGGUUUCACAGGCUUUGGGACAAGCCAGUGAGGACAUAACAAGCCUACUGAGCAUCCUCUCCAAAAUCAUACCUUUCCGAAUCUUCGCUGUUUUCAACCUGCUUAAGUUGUUCCCAAAAUAUUUCGAGCGAUUCAGCAGCCUCAGCAAGGGGCGUAUCGCAAACACCAUGGCUGCGGAAAUGUUUCGUUCAGAGGACAGCUUCAACGAAGAUGUCUUGGACCAGGUGGAGCAAAGUCUGCUGGGAGUGCAUGGUCCUCAGCCACAACAGGAAACCGACACCAGGGCGUUUGAACUCUAUCCUAUCUUCAUGGGUGGACUACUUCAUUACGGGAACCGGAGGCUGUUAGACCAGCUCGGAUGCAACAUAAAGAGUCACACGGUUGCUCAGAUCACUCGUGUGCUGAGAAAACACCUGAUCAAGGAGAGUAUGAAGAAGCAGCCUCCUGAGGAACUCAUGGACCUUCUGGUCCUGCUGUAUGAGUUUCAGAACCCUCGACUCACUGCUGAAAUCCUGCAAUCCAUCAAGACCAUUGACUUGUCGACCGUACGCAUGACACCACACAAGUGCUUUGUGCUGAGCACCGUUCUGGGCUGCACACGCUCAGGCUUCCACCUGAAUGAGCUCAACCUCUCCUCCUGCCACAUCACUCCAGAGUUACUGCAGAUGCUCUGGCCAGCCUUCCAUCACACUCGAAAACUCAAUCUCCAGUUUAACAGCCUGGGUCCCGAGUCCUGCAUUCUACUGCGAGAUCUUCUACUUGAGCCCAACUGUACUAUUAAGUCAUUACAGUUGUGUGACAACUACUUGACGGACGCCGGCAUCAGCCAUUUACUGGAAGCUCUGUCUGGUAACCACUCUCUGCAACAGCUGUAUCUGAUGCACACGGGCCUCGGGGACCAAUCGGCACACAUGCUGGCUGAGAAACUGGGCCAGCAUAACAUGUUGAAGGAACUGAAUGUGGCCUACAACAACAUCGGAGACAAUGCAGCUCUUACACUGGUCGAUGCCUGUCGUGAACAUCCCAGCAUCCACACAGUACACCUGUACCUGAACCAGCUUACCGAUGUGGGCAAGCAGUCGCUGCACGUGCGUGGUGUUCCUCAGGUGAAGGAGGGCCGGCGAGUGAAAGUCCUGGCCUCUGUAACAGAGGGUUCAGACAUCUCAGAGGACUGGCAUCCUAUUCUGAGUGUAAUUGGAAAGAAUUCUCUUUCCUGGGAUAGAGGCCGUGUACGCGAGCAACUGCUGGUUUUCCUGAAAGACCUGGAAUGGGGUCGGAAACAGCACCCGAGUUUCUGGAAAAAAAUGCACUUCCGGCGAGUAGAGAGUGUUGUGAGGCAAACUUUGCGCUUACUGGAAAAGAGCAGUAAUACGGGUACAGGGAACGGUACAAAAUGAUGCAAUAAUGAUUGAAGCUAAAGUGUCUAAUUUCUCAAAGGGAUAUUUGUUGCUAAUCCAGUCAGCCUUAAAGGGAUAGUUCACCCAAAAAUGAUUUACUCACCCUCAUGCCAGCCCUGUUGUGUGACUUUCUUUCUUCAGAUCAACAAAAAUGAAGAUUUUUAGGAAAAUCAUCCUUCUCUGUGAAUGGAUUGGAUUUAAUGCACUGAAUGGGUGGCACUUGGUUGACGCUUAAGAAACCUCUCUGCGAUCAUUUCGGUAAUCCAUUCGAGCCCAUUGGGUGCAUCAAUUUCUUCUUCUCAAGUAUGAUGAUAGGUGCAUGUUAGGAAAAUACUCUUAUUUUAAACACUUGUAACUAUGAAAACUCGAGUUCUUCUCAAGUUCAGCUUGACAUGAUUGUACGUGGUGAGGUGAAGUUUGCGUGGGAAGUAAUGCUGAAGCACAGCCACUUCUUGCGCAAGCUUUACAGUGCACUUACGUCAUGUCAAAACACCCUUCUCAAGAACGCUUGUAUCACAGUAAACCAGACGCAAUGUUAAAAAGUUAAAACACACCUAUCGUUUCGCUUUAAAUGACAUUGAUUCAUCCACUGGGGUCGUAUAGAUUACCGUCACGUUCAACCAAGCGACACCCAUUUACUCGCAGAGAUCCAAAAAAACACAUUUGUUUGUGUUUAUCUGAAGAAAGAAAGUCACAUUGGGCAUGGCAUGAGGGUGAAUAAACAUUAACAGAAUGUUGAUUUUUGGGUGAACUAUGAACUAAAUAAUAUUUCUCACUUGGUUAGGGUUGAUUUUACUAAUCAUUGUUUUUACAGCACAUCUGUCUACUUUAGCUUUAGAUCAUUUUGAGAAAACACUGUGACAAAUGUGUGUUGUUUUAUUGUUUGAGGGAAAGAUCAAUAUAUAUUAUAUUCCAUAAUUUUUCAGAUUACUACUUGAAAAAAACAUGUUGCAUGAUGACAAAUGUUGGCAUUUACAGCCAUCUCUGUGUAAAAUCUUUACACAAUAUUUGAGUGUCAAAUGGUGCUCUAGCCAAGGUUAAACCAAGUAAGGUUAACGAAUCGUAAUGUGCAAUAAAAUCAAAAUAAAACUAAAACUGCUUAUGUAA